UUAAAACAGCUCAUUCUUUGGGGAAUGAGCCACAAUAUGAGCUGGAGCUUUGAUGAAACAAUACUGGACAUGUAUUUAAGUUCACUGCUGUGCAUUUACCCAACCCCUGAAUGUAGGAACAUUCAUUUCUCAAGAUCCCUGAUGCCUGAUACCUCCACAGUGUUUGAGGGAUGUGACCAGUACAAUUUCACAGCUUUCAAUGAGACCCUUUGCACCAAACUCCCCCAAAACAGACUCAACUCGACAGUGCUGCGCUCAGUGUGCAGCGCCAUGGACAGCUUAACAGCCAGUCAAGUCUUGCGAGUGGCAAGCAAUGGCUGUGCCAGAGCUAACCAAGUGUCUUCUUUCUUCCAAGCCCAGCUGGAGUCAUAUGCCAGCCCCUGUGAGCCUCGCUCAAAAGUGACCAGGUCCGUCUCAGAGUCGCAGUUGAGUCUCAGUGACCUUGUGUGUCUGUAUGACAUCUGGACAAAUUCAGACUCGGUAGACCCAGCAUCUGUAGCUCUGUGCAGCGAGAACGACCAGGAGAGUUUCGUACUGGCUGUUUGCUACAACGGGAAGCUGUUGGACAUCCUGAUCAAGGACAAUGACUGGCUGUUUGCCUAUUGCUCAAACUUCUCUGAUGCAUUUACCAUUGUAAGUGUUUACAACUGGUGCACCUACUCCUCGUGGGUAAGUGACCAGAUAGAUGUCACGCUGGUGGCUUUUUGCUGGAAUAACGAUAGGGCACAGUUUGAAAAACUCCUCUGUGAAGACCUUGGAUUAUUCCUCCAAAUUAUGUCAAAUCCAGAGAACAACUGGAUAGUGGCCAACUGCACGCCAGCUGAGGAGCCCAUUGACAUUGCUAUUGUGGACAACGUAGACCAGUGGUGCAGGUACAACGAGUGGCAAGACCCUGCAGCUAUAGAUGUGUCUAUCAUUAGCAUCUGUGUUUCAUAUGACACAAAUAAUUUUACUCGCACAGUAUGCACUAACUCAACCGUGCUUGACAAGCUGUUGAAGAAUCAGGUGAAUUCCUGGCUCAAUGAUUUUUGCUCAAGUUCUUCCAGCGUGUUCAGUUCAGCCAGUUUCUGCCAGUAUGGACAGUGGGCAGAGACAGUGGUAGACCCGUCCAUUGUUGCACUUUGUUGGGAUCAGGAUCAGCUCAGCUUUAGUAAGAACGUGUGCUGUAACAUGGACUUGCUUGAGAAAAUGACCCAGGACCCUCAGAAUGAAUGGCUUCUGACCGUCUGCAGAGGCAACAGCAGCGAGACAGCGAACGAAACAAAGGAAGUGUUGGAGCUGGUGUGUCGCUAUAGUGAGUGGACGGACCCAGCUGGAAUCGACAUGACAGACAUAGCGGUCUGCAGCGAGUUUGACACCGUCAAUUUCACAAGAGCUGUGUGCACCAAUAAAACCUUUCUUCUGCAGCUAAUAAAAAACCUAGAUAACACCUGGCUCUUACAAUUCUGCGCUAACCAUUCCAGUUCCGGACACGCAAUGAAUUUCAAUCCUCAAGUAAUCUGUCGCUAUGAAACGUGGGCAGUUCAGAUUCCAGACCCAACCCUCGUAGCGGUGUGCUGGGACUAUGACCAGGGAAACUUUGUAAUGCUUGUCUGUAAAAAUAAACUUCAGCUGUCCACAAUGAGCCAGGAUCCUACCAACAGCUGGGUUAGGUCACUGUGUUCCUCUUACAAUGAAAUCACAAACCAUACCGAUAACAACGCUUCAUAUCCUCAGGCGUGCAUUGUGAGAGACAUCAUAAGACAGUUGAACUGGUCAUGCAGUAUUGACUACUCAGCUGUGUGCCAGCAGGACUCUUUCCAGCUGAAGAGCCUUCAUCACUUAAUCCAGUGUGGGAUGGAGUCUGUCGGGCUCGGUGUGAACAGCGUCCUUGUUGAGCAGGUUUCCUCUGCACUCAGAAAAGCAGCCAAUAACAUCGUAGCCCUGCUGGUCACCCUGGAGGAAAGCAAACUGGUUUCCUUACAAGUAACAGAAAACAUUAGGCUAAGCGUGCUGAAGUCUGUCAUGGAUUACCUGAAGCACGAGGAGAGUUUUACAAAUAAGAGAGAGCUCCUGCAGUGCUUUGGGAACCUCUUAAUGAACCUGAUGCAGACUGGAAGAGAAGUGUCUGAUGGAAAUUUCUUUCUCAUAAAGGAGUACUUUCAACUUCCAAUUAAAGAUCUCAAACCAAUACUGAUGCCGGUAGAAAUCAAAGCUGGAAGACAAAUAUUACAAUAUCUGAACAGGAACUGGGCUGCAUUGAAGCUAAGUGACAGGUAUUUACAAACCAUGGCAUCUGUGUUUUUCCAAAAAUACAUGUCUAUUGAUUCCACCAUAUUCCUGGAGUUCGGUCAGCUGCUUCCUUACUUCAGUGUUUUGGAGAUUUCCAGUCUGCCAGGUCUACAGAACAAUAAAGCUGCGUUGGUUUCUAUUAAUCAAAUCUUUCACAAGCUCACCCUGGACCAGAGGAGAGAGUUUGGAAAGUGGUUUGGAAGCUCAACACAGUUCUUGAACGUGACUCAAUGGCCAAUGUCUGCUAUACAAGAUGCCGGGAGUCUGUUGGCAUACCUCCCGUUUGAGAAGUUUAAGACCCUUUCUGCUGCUCAGAUGUUCUUCGGACUUGACAUUCUGUUAAAUAAUACACUGACUGGCCUGCAGAGGCGCUUCAUAGCUCAAAGCAUUCUGAAGACUUACCACAACUUAACAGCCCCUGACUUCCGAAGACUGGGCAACCUCACAUGCCUUGCAAAUACUGCCGACCUGCUGGUCUACAAGCAAACUCCAGCGCUUGAUGCCAUCAAGCUAAACAUCCAAGACUGUGUCAGACUGGGAUCUGUCGUUCCUAGUGAAAUGGUCUCCAGCCUCCUGGUGGAGCGAGCGGUCCUGGCUGAGCCGACGUCCCUCAGCCCAGAGCAGCUGUACCACCUCGCUGUCAUCAUGCCUUCCCUGGGCAUCCCCUUCAUUAAUCAGCUCCUCCCUUCACAAGUCCAAGCUGCUCUGCCAGCGCUCAGCUCCGUGGACUUCUCACCUGCACAGGCGAGAGAACUUGUAGACAAGCUGUUUCAAAGCAGAGGUCAGGUUCUCCCUGAGAUGCUGGCAAGCCUGGGCACUCUGAUCAGUGGAGUGAAGGCAGAGACACUGAGAGUCCUGCCCACAGACACACUUCUCACCGCUCUGCCCAACAUUACACUGCAGAGGAGCCGGCUCAGUCCUGCACAGCACACUGCCAUCACAACCAAGCUGUGGGGCUCUAACCAGGUUACAGGGUGGCUGGGUGCUCUUGAUCCCCUGCUCCCCGAGACUCCUCUCCUGAGUGUGAGGUCGCGACUGACCCCCCUGCUGUCCAACCUCAGCACCGUCAGUCACCGCGCCUGGAACACACAGCAGGCAAAACUUCUUUUCAGGGAAUCUCUAAAAACAUUCAGCGAUAUUAGGGAAGAUGGGUUCUUGUCACUGGGGAUGAUCUCUCAAGGUGUGGACUGCGAGACCCUGAAGAGACGGUUUUUGAGCAGCUCGUCCUCAGUGAUCAGCAGGAUCCUGCUCUUCCUGCACGGCUUGCCAGCUCAGCUGCACAGCUCUCUGAAAAAAUGCAUCACCAACGAGUCAUACAACUUCAGCUUCUCCGCUGGACUGCUGGAGGAAAUGGGUGCACAGGUCGCUGUCGAGCUCCCGGUCAGCAUUAUAAAGCGCUUCCCUGCGGACAUGAUGGAAACCUUUCGGAGGAUCAUAGUAAACUCUCCGGAAUAUUUUCUCAGGCUGCCCAGCAUAAAGCAGAGUCUUCUGGUGGACAAGGUGGUUCAGAGGCUGGGGAUGUCCGACGGAAUGUUUACUGGGGAGGAAUUCCAUUCUCUGGGAGUCAUGGCAGCGUUUGUCGUGGAUGAGAUAUUUAUCAACAUCUCCAGAUUUUUUUUUGUGGAGAACAUCGAACGCAUCAGGAACUACUGUUUUUAUAAAAACAAGAAGGACGUCUUAGCCAUGAUGCUGCAAGAGAAAGCAACGUUUGGGCCUGUUUCUAACUGGACAUCAGAGACACUUGAUCAGGUGGAUAGAUUCAUUUUCUUUCUGCCCACAACAGCAAUGAAGCAAAUAAAUAAGAGUCUCAUGACAGUGGAGAGAAUGGAGAGGCUGUUCCAGAGCCAGAGACAGUGGGAGAAGAGUGCGUUUGGCGCCAUCUGUCAGCAGAACAGGGACAUGGCUGAAGUGGAUGGAAUGUUUGCGAACCAGCAGUUCAUGCUGCAGUAUUUCCUGGGAGUGCUGGGAAUAGGAGUGCUUCCGAAAUUAGCUCUGGUCCCAAGCUGCAGCAAUGUUCGAGCCGUGCUGCCUUCGGCCUGGGCUGUGGACAGUCUGACCAGCAUGGCUGCUGACCACUUCAGCAACUGCCUGGAGGCCAUCGGACAAGACCCCAACUUCCAUCCUGGAGAGCUCAGCCUGCUGCUGGGAAAAGUUAAACAAAUCUAUGGGCCAGCCUCUGCACUGACUCCCAAAGUGAUCCAACAGCUGGGGAGGAUCGCCACGCAGUUCACCAGCGACGAGCUGCAGAAACUCAAACUGAACGACCUGGCAGCUGUCACGGCUCUGGGUAGAAUCAAAACCUGGACCAGCAGACAGCUCUCAGUUCUGUAUGCUGCUGUUCUGAACUCCACCAAACUGACCGGGAGUGACCUGGAUGCCAGUACUCUGGUGGCUCUGGGGUAUGGAAUCUGUGGAAUAAAAGUGUCAGAAAUUCCAGCCAUGAAUCCGGUGGAAUUCAGUAAGUCAGUGCGCUGGGUCGGGCUGCUGCGGUUGGAUUGCACAGAGGAGCAGCUGGGAGCUCUGGCUAAGCUGCUCACACACAGCCUUGCUUUCGGACCGGUCAGCAGCUGGGGGUCUGAAGUCUUCAUUGAAAUCGGAGGCAUCGCAGCUGGUCUUGAGGAUUUUGUUCUGUCUUCGUUGGCAAAGGAACAAAUUGAAGGACUCACACCACUGGCGAUUUCAAUAAUUCCACCGCAGAAAUUCUCUGUCGUGUUCAGCCAGGACCACAUACGAAUGUUCUCCUAUGAGCAGGGAGCGGCCCUGACCAGCAGUCAGCUGAAAUCCCUCAACAGCCUCCAGCAGACUGCCCUGUCCAUGGUGUUGACCUCUUGGGAAGACAAACCCGCCGACUUCCGAGGAAGAUCUGCUGGUAUACCUCUGCGUCCAAUCCCGUUUGAAGUCCUGUCCAGCCUGCUGCUUGUGUCGUUCUUCACCUAUUGACCGCCCAAUCAAAAGGACAUCUCCACCGUCUGUCUAAUUUGCAGCACAUGCUUUUGGCUAGUUCCACAGACCCUGAUUAGCACUAAUCAUGCACUACCAUACUUAAGGUGACAUUAGGAAGUCCAGGAUUAGUGCUAAUCAAGGUCAGUGAAACCAAAGGAUGAUGGGGUACUCUUAAAGGGGGUUACAGCUAGUGAAAUACUUCCUUAAAUCUUACCUGCCGUGCACUUCCAAUGAAGAUCGCAGUUUGCGUGCCUUCAUUUCAGGUUCCUAGGUCAUCAGCAUUGCUUUGGGAUCAAAGCAUGUCACUGGAUUCACAGCACGUCAGUCAUUAGGGGGAAGAAACUGGUUGGUUAAUACCAGGAAAGAAGGUCUUGUAGAGGCAGGAGAGAAUGACAUUGUCAAGGUGAACUGACCUAAGGAGUGCAAGUCUAACCGACGGUGUGAAAGUAAUCAGUUUUUUGAACACAUGGUUCUUUCAAAGCUGCACACUUGAUAGCUACAGUACACAGUAAAUGGAAGUGUACUAAUGGGUAUUUAUUUCAUAAGCUACAACCCCUUUGACAAUACUGAGUCUGUCAAUCUGAAAAUGUUUUUUUCAGUUUAGAAAGCACCUCAUAGCACUCUAAGGAGUAUCAAUAAAAUUGACAAUUCACAAUAUCUAUUUCAUUAUUUACAUAUUGUCCUCUUUGCGUAAUAUUGUGGAUCUCAGUGAGCUACUGUCUGUCUGGCUCAAGAGCCACCCCACCCCCAGCAUGCCACAGCAGCUUAUUAUAAAGAUAUUGAAUAUUCAUGGUUCC